AUGUUCGUCUAAAGUUCAAUUUCAUAAGGAGAAAUAAUAAAUGAAAAAUCAGAUAUAAUAAGACUAAAAAUUCAAGUAAACUUCUGAUAAACAUAAUAAAGAAUGAAAUUGAAGAGGCUUCAAAUUUUUAUCAGAUUACAAAAGUGGAAUCUAAUUUCGGAAAUACAUUUAAGUAAUAAGAAUAUUUGUGCAGACUAUGUGAUAAUAUUGAAUUAUAAAUGUAAUGAUAUAAUAAUGAAUAGUUUAUUCAAUUAUGAUUAUCCACGAAGUACUCCAAAGUAUUUUGUAUAGUAAAAAUUUAAAAAGAAUCCUUUAAUUGAUGAAUAAACAUGGCAAAUAUAGAUAAUACAUGAAAAUAGUCUUUUGAAUACACUUAAUGAAAUUUUCAGUCAGUUUUAAAAAUAUCCUCCAUAACCAGAUGAAUGGAUUUAGUAAUAAGUCUAGGAUACUCAUUAAGAUUUCCCUGAUUAACUUAUUAUUUUAAAUGAAUAAGAAAUGAAUAUUUUGAAAAGAAUUCCAAAUGCAUAAUAAGAUGAAAACUCAUUAUUAGAUCUUAUUCUAUCUAUAUAGAAAUUUUAAGAUUUAUAUCAAUUAAUCACAAUUAGAGCAACUAACAAUUAAAUUAUUCAUGGUAAUUAUGAUGAUUAUUUUUUAUAGAAAAAGUUAAAGAAAAUUAAAAUGAUAUUCGUAAACUAAAGAAUGAUUUAUAAAAUAUUUAUAAUCAAUUCUAACAAACCUAAUUGGAUGUUUAAAUAUUAAUUUCUUAAUGUAAUAAUAUUUAAAAUGUAAAUAUUUUAUUCUAUUACUGUUUUAGAAAUUUAGUAAUUAAGAAUUAUUAAGAUUAUUAUAGUCAAAAAAAGAAAAACUUGAAUAGAUUGGUCAAUAAUUUUAUUCAAAACCACAAUCAGCUAAUUUUGAAGAUUAAGAACUACUUUAUAAAUAGUUUUUAAAUAAUAGAACAGAAUAUCAUAGAUAUGAAUCUAUUGAAAUAGUUUUGACAUAAGAUAUAAAUUAAUAAAAAUCUUAAAUAAUUUGA